AUGACAACAGUGACGAAUGACGCACAGAAGACCCUUGUGUUUCAUACUGGACGAGCUCCAAAGGGGAAGAGAACCAAUUGGGUUAUGCAUGAGUAUCGUCCAACUUUGAAGGAUCUUGAUGGCACUUUACCUAGACAAAGUCCUUUUGUGCUGAUGAGAAACGAAGACAGGACAAGCGACGAUGAUGAGUUUGAGAAAGUCUCCAUCUCCUCUCAAACUCGCCUCAGUACUUCCGAUGGUGAUUCUGCAACUCCUCCUCUUCAGCAGAAGUUCUGCAGCAUCAAUUCCAUCAUAGCCUCUUUUCUUGAUGCUACACUAUACUGCAACAUGGUUGGUGGCCUUCAAUAA